GUUUCUUCUCUCCAAUAAAGAGCACAUAAAUUAUUUUUGCUCAGGAGCUUAUAAUUCAUGUGUUAUGGUUUCGUCCGGAAGUGUUGCACGCUGUCGGCUGUCCACUGACAGGCUGGAGUUCAACUUUUGCCUCCAUAUGGAGAACUUGCAGCCAUUAACGUCUCACUAAGCAGACUUUGAGGUUACCAGAGAACAGUGUGCUUGUUUCAGCGGUUCCUUCCGAGCAGAGUCACAGCGGAGCGGCAGCAGAGCCCGGUCCCGCCCCCGCUGUCUGUCCGUCAGUGUCACCGUCACAUACUCGGUGCUGUACAGCCGCGCGCGACUUCUCGCUCCCGAGCGUUUCUUUUUUUCUCCCUCCCACCUUUGCAGCUUCAGCACCGCGACAAUGUCCGAAUACUUCAGCCUGUCGGACUGCGACGUCAUCGGCUUCGACCUGGACCACACGCUGUGCCGCUACCAUCUGAAGGAGACCUCCAGGCUCAUCUAUGAGAGCUUUGCCAGGUAUCUGGUGGAGCAUAAGGGAUAUGACAAGGACCUCCUGAAUCUGACUCCUGCUACCUGGGAUUUCUGUUUUAAGGGGUUGGUGGUGGAUCUGGAGGACGGAAACAUUGUGAAGUUGGCUGAAGAUGGCACUGUUUUAAGGGCAACGCAUGGAACCAACGACCUCAGCACAGAAGAGCUCAUAAAACAUUAUGGACCAAAACGGGAGUGGAAGCACUUCAACAGCCUAAGCACAUCCUUUACAAGAUCAGCAAAAUACUACUUCUAUGACAAUUACUUUGAUCUUCCGGGGGCUCUGCUCUGCGGAAAUGUUGUGGACAUGUUACACAAGCGGGGAAAUGAGGUGAACUCCAACUUUUGGAAAGACAUGUUGGCUGCCAUUGACCAUAAUUACAAUACAUCUGCGUUCAAAGAGGAUGCAGGAACUUACUUCCCCAGUAUCAAGAGGGAUCCAGCCCGUUACUUGCAGCCCUGCUCAGACUCUGUGAAGACCUGGCUGCGCAGCAUGAAGACCGCUGGGAAGAUCCUCAUCCUCAUCACCAGCUCCCACAGUGACUACUGCAAGCUCAUCUGCGAAUUCAUCCUAGGGAAGGACUUUGAGCAGCUGUUUGACGUCAUCAUCACAAACGCCCUGAAGCCUGGGUUCUUUUCCUUGAUACCCCAUCAGAGGCCCUUUAGGACCCUUAUGAAUGAUGUGGAAGAAACAGAGGGGCUUCCAUCUCUAGACAAGCCCGGCUGGUACUCCCAGGGCAAUUGGCCACACCUCCACGAGCUGCUCAAGACCAUGACAGGAAAACUAGAACCCAAGGUGGCGUAUUUUGGAGAUAGCAUGAGGUCAGACAUAUUCCCUGCCACCACUUUUGGGAAGUGGGAGACUGUGAUGAUAGUGGAAGAAAUGGAGGGAGAGGGCAUUCCGAAGAGUGACGCAGCAUUGUCCAACAAGACUCAGGUGGAGCCGCAGGAGAAAAGGGGAAAAUUUGAGGAACAAGGCAUGAAGUCACCCUCUGCCGUGUCUAACCAGUGGGGGUCCUACUUUGUUGACAUGCACAAAAGCGAAGGGGGCAACGAGGAGCACCAGAAGCUGACUUGGUGCUGCCACUGUAUUCACACAUACAGUACCAUGGCUAUCCCCAGUGUGGAGCACAUAGCAGAUCUGCCUCUGGAUUACAAGUUUCCCAAGUUUUCCCCGGAUAAGCCCUGCACUGUCGGCUACUACCCGAAGCCUCCAGAUUCUGUUUUGAAGAGGUGUGAGAAUCUGUCAUAAAAAAGGGACAUUGUGGUAGAAAAGAAAAAAAGUCCUCCUUAACCCCUCUGCCUCAGAAGGGGAAUGUGCCUCUGUUUUUUUGCUUGUUGUUUCCCUGAUAUUGCAGGUGCGUACACUCAUCACCCAUUCAGACAAACCAUGUGAAUGUAAGCCACAGUAACUCUGUAAUGACACCUACAUUCGAAAGUUGUUUUGUGGUUCAGUGUCCCAAAUCUGUGAAAAUACAAGAAAACACUGUUUGUGUGUCUGUGUGUAUUCCUGUCUUGUUUUAAACAGGUGAUCCCUCCCAACUGCUCUAAAAUAAGGUAAACAAGUUCUGCUGUAUGCUAAACCGGAGGACUCAUACCUUCACAUCAUUCAUUGUGUACAAUGCUGUUUUUGUGAAGUUCUUUUUUUUAAAUGAUGGUUUAUAUUUUAGUAACCUUAAGAUGAGGUAAAAACUUGCUCUGUGGAUGUUACUGUUGUCACACAAUGGGCACAAUGCUUUCCUUUUUUGUGUUAGAUGUACAUGUAGGCCUCUUCAUGGUUAUAUUGAAAGACAGAAGACUACUGAAUGUCCUCAAUAUUAUUUUAAGGGUGACGUGCUUUUCGGGUGCUUAUUUAGAGAUGUGGACCAUGUGGACUUUAUUCAUGUGUGCACUAAAACAUGCUUUAACCGA